CCAUGGAAGUCUCGACAGAUAUCUGGCAGACCCGACCUUGACAUGGAUGCGCAGACUGGAGAUAUGUGUUGGUGUUGCAUGUGCAUUGAAGUUCGUCCAUUACGAUGAGCAACGCGAUUUUAGCGUGAUACAUCGUAAUAUCAAGAGUUCAAAAAUCUUACUAGAUGACAACUGGAAGCCCAAGUUAUCAGGUUUUGAACUAUCCAUGAAGAAUACAACAGCUCGAAGACACCGGCUUUUCCUUGAUCGUCUGAGUGGCACAAUAGGGUAUAUCGACCCAAGAUAUGAAAAGACCGGAGGCGUCACACACAAGUCCGACGUGUACUCUUUAGGGGUUGUAUUAUUUGAAGUCCAGAUGCGCCACCAUCCCUGACCGACGUUAUAAGGAACUUUUCAGUAGCAUCACGCACCACAUCAUUCGUCGACUUAGCACCUGGAAACCGAUCAAAUACAAACGAAUCAUCAAACAGCUUUCCAGACCAAAUGGAGUUUGCAGGAAUGAGUCUGGUGGGAAAGAAGUUCAAGAAGUUUAACGACCCUGAUGCAUACUACCGAGAGAAAGAAUCUGAUUCUAACGUCCAUACGCAACAACGACGUCCUGCACUAAAUCCCCUUGACAUGUGCAUGUUUACCUUAGCUCCGUCUGCCAGAUUCCAUUAUGAACAGAGGCUUGUGCACCUGUGUAUUCCAGAAGAACGUUUAUUAGCUCCAUUGGCCAUAUCUCUUUAUAAACAGAAAAAACUACAUGAUCUCAUCGAUCCUGAUCUACGGAAAAACAUGGACCCACUAUCACUUGAAGUCUUUUCAAAAAUAGCAUAUGACUGCUUGAAGGAUCAACGGUCAGAUCGCCCAGAUAUAGAUCAUAUUCUCAUUAGACUUCGACAAGCGCUGGAUCUUCAAUGGAAACAUGAAAAUCCUGGUAUACUGAAUCAACACUCUCAAGCUGCUGGUGAAGUUGAAGGGACAUCAACCAAUCGAUUGGAGUGGAAAAACUUGGAACACUUGAAGAUCAGCUCUCAUGAUAUAGGGGUGGCCACCGAUAAUUUUUCUCAGACACAAUGCAUUGGGGAAGGUGGAUAUGGUAAAGUGUACAAAGCAGAACUCGAACAUUUUGAUGGAAAAAAUUCCUUGGAGAUAGAUGGGAAUAAUAAGUGUGAUCUGCCAAAGAUACGCAGCACCGUAGCUAUAAAAUGCCUCUUCAAAAGAAACGACACACAAGCAGAAGAAGGGUUCUCUGCAGAGAUUCACACACUUACGAGUUGUAAGCAUCCCAACAUAGUCUCUCUUCUUGGCUUUUGUGAUGAAGAAGGUUCUGACCUGAUCCUUGUCUAUGAGUAUGUCUCUAAUGGAAGCCUUGAUGACCAUUUAAGAAGUUAUGAUAAAAUGAAUAGUCUUAAAUGGGAGCAACGUCUACAGAUUUGUCUUGAUAUUGCACAAGGACUAAAUUACCUUCACACCGAACAAAGCAUAAUACACCGAGACAUAAAGAGUGACAACAUUGAUAAUCUUGUGGCAAAGAUUGCUGACUUUGGGCUCUCCAAAAUCAGUCCCUUGUCUCAACAGGCUAGUUAUCUCGAGACAAAUGUUGCAGGUACAAAUGUGUACUUGGAUCCAGAAUAUGAGAAGACGCGUAAGCUGAAAAAAGCAUCAGAUAUCUAUUCAUUGGGGGUAGUUUUCUUUGAGAUCUUGUCUGGGAGUUUGGCAUAUGCUCAAGCUUACACGAAUAAAAAUGACAAGGGGCUCGCACCCUUUGUCCGACAACACUUUCAGAAAGGAGCACAAAAGGAUAUGCUAGAUUCUAAAAUAAUGGAAGAAUUUGAUGAAAACAUUUUUACUUUAAGUAAAGGGCCGAAUCAAGAUUCUCUGGAGACAUUUCUAGAUAUCGCAUAUCGAUGUUUGGCAGAAACUCAUAAAAAGCGUCCAAAAAUUGGAAUUGUCGUCGAGAAACUCAAGAAUGCAUUACAACUUCAAAAAAACCAAAAGGAUAACCUCCAAAUUUCACUUGAAGACAUUAAAUUGUCCACAAAUGACUUCAGUAAUAACAAUCGCAUUGGAAGAGGAGGAUUCGGGAGGGUUUACAGAGGAGAAGUUACAAGCAUUGAUGGACGUCAAACCAAUAUAGCUGCAAAGCGAUUGGAUACAGCUGGUGGUCAAGGAGAAACUGAAUUUUUAACAGAACUUGAAAUUCUUUUAGAGUACAAACAUAGAAAUGUGAUUGGUCUUGUAGGUUAUUGCAACCAACCUGGUGAAAAAAUCAUUGUUUAUGAGUAUGCGUCAAAAGGAAGUCUCGACUGGCAUUUGGGCAACAAGGAUCUUACAUGGAGGAAACGGCUUGAAAUAUGCAUUGAUAUUGCAUGUGGUUUGGAUUUCCUUCAUGGGGGUGGUGCAACACAAGAGGUGCUGAUGCAUAGGGAUAUCAAGAGUCCAAACAUUCUAUUAGGUGAGGAUUGGAAAGCAAAAAUUUCUGAUUUUGGGCUUUCCUCAAUAACUUCAGUAAAUGAGGAUGUGAUCGACAAUGCUUGUGGCACAAAAGGCUAUUGUGACCCACAAUACCUUGCAGAUGGUGUCUUUAAGAAAGCAUCUGAUAUAUACUCAUUCGGAGUGCUUUUAUUUGAGAUCUUGUGUGGGAGAUUGAUGUUCGAAGACAUCAAUGGCCAAAUUAAAAUCCUAAUAGAUACGUUUAAACGCCAUUAUAGAAAAGGAAAACUUGAUGAUAUGGUGUUUAUGUAUAUAAAGGAACAAAUUGCGCCAGAAUCAUUGACUGCAUUCCAAAAACUGGCCAAUGAAUGUGUGGAUGAUCUACGACAAAACCGACCUACUACAGGUGACGUGCUCCUACGACUUGAGGAAGCAUUGAAAUUACAGGAUGAUUAUGAAAUAUGGAGACCCAAAUUGCCUCAUGACUAUGAAGAAAUAUUCAAGAUGUCAAAAGAAUCUGAGAACUACUUGAGUAAAAAGAAAAAGGACCUUCAUGACAUGCUUUCCGAAGGAAUCCUCCUUCAAAAGGGCAAAGUGUUGUUUUCAUUAGACGAUAAUGGAGAUCGAAAUGAAAUGACAUCAGCAAGAAAGCUCCUAUACAAGCACCGUCGGUCACAUAAGUGGCCAUCUGGAAUUGUUCCAAAAUCAAAGUGUGUGCGUGUGUGUGUGUGUGUGUGUUUGUUUUAUGCACGUUCAAACAUUUACCAUUGUUAGAUUUAUAUAUUGCUCUGUUUUGUUAAAGUUACAUUCAAUUGCCUUUCCAUUUCGAUUAUGACGAGUGUUUAUUACAUUGCAUUUUUUAACUUCCAGAAUAAUGAGGGUCUCAUUUUUUUCUAAAAAGUUCCUGAUUUUUUACAUAACAAGUUAUGAAACAGAAAAUAAUUUACAUUUACGCCUUACUAUUAAAUAGAAAGAAGUAUAGAAUAUCUACAAUUCAUUAAAGAGAAAGAAGUAU